AUGAUCACGCCUGGCACACUGCCAGACUCAAUCACCAAGUUGACAUUCAAACAUGAUGACCCACGCGCCAGAUCAUUGUUCAACAAACCUCUUCUACCUGGAUCGCUGCCUGCGUCACUGACCAAGUUGCGACUCAGCUCAUCGUUCGAUCAAGUGUUGGAGCCAGGCGUGCUCCCAGCGUCUCUAACAUCUCUCACUUUUGGACUUGGAUAUGUCACGAAGCUGGUCGAUGGGUCGCUGCCGCACGCACUCACCGAUCUUAGACUGAGCAACUGGUAUCACCAUACGUUGCCCCAUGUUCCCUUGCUAAAGUCCUUGAAGAUGUCCUACGCAUCACAUUCAUCGGUCAUCCCAGAUGGUCUGGAGACGCUUGUGACACUAAUGUUGGAGGGCACCUCUUAUAAUACAUUGAACAAUUUACUCAAACCAUGGCCAAGAACAUUGACCAAGAUCAUCUUAUAUCGUCCAUAUCAAAACAUGCCUACGCUGCCACCAUCACUCACCAGUCUGGUCUGCUUCGAAGUGCCAGACGCACGAGUAUUAGCCGGCGCCACUUCCCUCACACACUUGAAAGCGCACUAUCAAACAAGUCUACUGCGACCUGGCGACCUACCCCAAUCGCUCACGUCACUCUCACUAAACAUUCGCACAGCCAUCAACAGGAUCACGUGCAGUUUGCUUCCAUCAUCGCUCACGUCACUGAAGCUGUGUUGUGAAGAUGGUCUUGUUCGUGUGGUGGAGCCCGAUGCACUGGCACCACUCACUUCGCUGCGCAGCCUGGUGCUCGACCUCAACAAGGAACCGAUCCUGGGGGCACUGCCCCCAUCGCUCACAUCACUGAUCCUUGGCAAGAGACACAUCCACCCACUCACCAAUGUCAUACUCCCAGACUCCAUCACCAACCUUCAACUGCUCAAUCCAGAAGUCGACUGGCUGUAUCCACAUCCACCCAUGCGCCUCCCAUCCAAACUGAGACAUCUCACUUGUUCGACCACCAAACUAUACGCGCCUUUGCCCACGACUGUUCCCGAUACUUUGUCUGCACAUGUGACAGAGUGGCCCACAGGCGUGAGUCUCAACAUAUCGACUGAUGUGCUUCCUUUUGACACAGUGACAAUGGCAUCUGCUGGAAGAGUAUGCCAGGCAAUCUACACCAAUCGAUUUAGUGUACGGCAGUACCUUUGGAAAAGGUACCUGUUGGUUGCACCCAACAUUCAAACAUUCCGAAUUAAUGUCACUCUCGCUGGAAUCAAGUAUCCAUACUUCAUGCGACGCAUGGACCAAACAUAUAUUAUCGUUGUAUCUGGAUCAUGUCCAUCAUCACAUGUCCAAAUAAUAAAGUUUGAUUGA